AUGGAGUCAUCAGCGAGCAGUAGUGCCGAUACGCAACCUCUAUGGAGUCCAUCUCAUCCUGAACGGGCCCAAUCUACCCUCUUCCGAAACCACAUCAACUCCAAAUACUCACUGUCCCUAUCAUCUUACGAAGAGCUUUGGCGUUGGUCAUGCGAUCACCGAGCAGACUUCUGGAGCGAAGUUUGGGACUGGGAACAAGUCAUUGGCUCCAAAGGCUCAGAGCCAUAUACCGAUGAAUCUGUCCCUCCUUCCUCCAACCCCUUAUGGUUCCCUGGCGCGUCGUUCAACUGGGCGGAGAAUCAGCUGAGGAACAUUGCUCAUCCGGACGACGUGGCUAUCAUCACACUGUCGGAACCUUGCCCUGGACAUACGCCUGAAGCCCGGAAAGUCACUCAGAAGGAAUUGUACGAGCUAGUGAGGGAAGCUCAAAAGGCUAUGAGAGCGCACGGAGUCACCAAAGGCGAUCGGGUGGCUUUCUGGGGAGGCACAUGUCUAGAAGCGGUGGUUGUCCUGCUCGCCGUCACCUCGCUAGGCGGAGUCUUCAGUUCUGCCGCUGCAGACUUUGGUGUGGAUGGCGUUGUAGAGCGACUGGAACAGAUCCGACCUAAAUUAUUGUUCGUGACCAACGGAGUGGUGUACGGCGCAGCUCCCCGUCCACUCUUACCCCUCAUUCCGAAACUCCAUUCUUCACUCUCACAGCCGCCAAAAGAGACCAUCGUCAUAGAUCAUCUUCCACACGGCAUCUGUAAAAAGCCUGCGGAGCUCGAUUCCAGCACGUUACCCUGGACGGAUUUCAUCCAAGACUCAGAGGAGGGCAGCGAUUCAGGAAAGAUCGAGUUUGUGCAGACCGGGUUCAAUGACCCAAUAUGGGUCCUGUUCUCCAGCGGAACGACGGGAAAACCCAAAGCCAUCGUGCAUCGCGCUGGAGGAAUGCUCAUCGACUCGUUGAGGGAACAUCAUCUUCAAGGUGAUAUUACGAGGGGUGACGUCUAUUUCUACUACACAACCCCCGGAUGGAUGAUGUUCCAGUACCUCAUUUCCGGCCUCGCGACAGGCGCUACCCUCGUGCUGUACGAGGGCUCCCCUCUAAAGCGUGCAGCAGCACUGUGGGAGAUGGUGGAUGAGCUAGGCAUCACUAUAUUUGGUACCUCUGCCAAGUGGCUCGAAGUCAUUUCGAAAACAUACCCCAACGUCAAGGAGAAUCAUUCUCUAUCUACACUUCGCCAAAUUCUCUCUACGGGCUCACCACUACCCCCGGCUCUCUUCGACUUUGUCUAUUCGAAUGUGAAAUCGGCCGUCUUGCUAGGCUCCAUCACUGGCGGGUCAGAUAUAUGUUCAGUGUUUGCGGGCCGGAACACUGCUCUGCCGGUGUAUCGAGGCGAGAUUCAAUCGAGAAUGCUCGGUUUUGACCUGGACGUGGAAGGUGCUGGACCAGGCACUCCGGGUGAACUCAUAUGCCACAAGGCAUUCCCGAUCGAGCCUCUUGGUUUCUGGCCGUUACCCGGAUAUGGGUUUGACGAGCAGGCAGUUGCCGAUGCUCAGAAGAGAUUCAGAGAGAGUUACUUUAAAAAUGAGCAAGGGACUUGGUACCACGGGGACUAUGUACAGAUUACUCCUUCGCGUAGUGGAAAUGGAGGUGGAGUCGUCAUGCUGGGACGCUCGGACGGCGUCCUGAACCCCGGUGGAAUCCGUUUCGGUCCGACGGACAUUUACUCUGUACUCGAGAGCAACGACUUUGCUAGUCAAGGGGUCGAGGACUGCUUGGUCGUUGGCCUGAUGGUGGAAGGGGGAGCCGAUGAGAAGGUCAUCCUAUUUGUAAAGAUGGCGCAGGGCAAGGCAUUGGAUGACGACUUGACCAAGAAGAUCAAGACGGCCAUCCGUUUAGCUCGAAGUGCAAGACACGUCCCUGCAAAGAUCUUAGCAGUCAGCGAUGUUCCAGUCACAUUGACUGGAAAACGUGUGGAGGUGCCGAUCCGGAAGGUCAUCAAUGGAUCUCCGAUCAGCUCAAUAAACCCGGCGACUUUGCGGAAUCCGGAAUGCUUGGAGGAGUAUGCUAAUUUCGGCGCUACGAUGCGAGAGGAGGAGGGAAUGGCGUAG